AUGACAGAUGAUAAGCAUGUUUUGAUUUGUUCCAGUAGCCGGAUCGAGCUGGGAGAUGUGACGCCACACAACAUUAAGCAGCUGAAGAGGCUAAACCAGGUCAUUUUUCCUGUCAGCUACAAUGACAAGUUCUACAAGGAUGUACUGGAGGUUGGCGAACUAGCCAAAUUAGCGUAUUUCAAUGAUAUUGCAGUGGGAGCAGUGUGCUGUAGGGUGGAUCACUCCCAGAACCAGAAGAGACUGUACAUAAUGACACUCGGAUGCCUGGCACCCUACCGAAGGCUAGGAAUAGGAACUAAAAUGUUGAAUCAUGUCUUAAACAUCUGUGAAAAAGAUGGCACUUUUGACAACAUCUAUCUGCAUGUCCAGAUCAGCAAUGAGUCCGCAAUUGACUUCUACAGAAAGUUUGGCUUUGAGAUCAUUGAGACGAAGAAAAACUACUACAAGAGGAUAGAGCCCGCAGAUGCUCAUGUGCUGCAGAAAAACCUUAAAGCCCCUUGUCUUGGCCAGAACGCAGAUGUGCAAAAGACCGACAACUGAACAAAACCCCAACGAACACUUUCUUGCACUUGCUUGUCGCCAAAUAAGGAAAGAGAGGCCUCUUGAUUUUUUUUUUUUUAACUCCACCCCUUCAUCCUCUUAAUUUUUUUUCCUUGACCUCUCUCCAACAAAAUGUAAUGCUUCUUCCAAGGAUUGUCCAAUCAUGUUUGGGUUUGGUUGUUUGUUUUUUUUUUUUUUUUGAGCUCUUCUUUCUGUGUUGUGGUUUUUUUUUUUGUUUGUUUGGGGUUUUGGGGGUUUUUUUGGGGUGGGAAAAGGUGUGCAGAGCUCUUAAGUUUGAGGUGUGGAGGGCUUGAGCAGGUUAUCCUGAUGACAAGUUUCCUUCAGAAUUAUCUCUUUCAGUAAGCAGAAUGUAAAUCCAAUGGGGGGAAAAAAGGAAAAGCAGUAUCUUGUCCUUUGACUCCUACAUUAUUGUGUUUUUUAUAACCUACAGGGUACUUAACUCCCCCCCAACCUUUGAAUGUUACUUCAGUACUUCCCACUUUUCCUUUUAAUUCCCCCACCUCAAAAAAGUAUGUUUAGUUCUUCCCAAUAUUUUUGAGUAUGGCUUUUUCCUCCACCUUUUGCUGAGAAGGGCGGGCUACUUUACCAUACCUUUUCACUCUGCC